AUGAGCCAAGAGAUCAGUCAGGUAAGUAUGCGAUGCGAAGACAGGAUGUUCCCUUUGAGAAAAUGCUAGGAGGGUUGGUUGCUCACAAGGUUCAGACCAGACCGUGUUGGAUUAGGUUCCGCAUGGAGCUAGUUAAAAUUUCAUCUAAAAAAAAGUGUAUACCUUUUAUAUGGAAUUAAAUGUAUUAUCAAGGUCCGAGAGCUUCUUGAGUAGUGUCCAGGCCGUUUCUGAUUCAAAGCAUCUAACAGAGUUAAAUCACUUUCUGAGCUUCGGUUGUAUCACCUCGUUAUUAGGUUGCUCACCAGAAAAUGCAACUUUUUUGUCCAUAAGGUGGUUGUUUACGCAUUUUGCCUCGUACCUUCACAUUUACGAUCAACCUCUAUUGUAGCCUACCAGCAAACCAACAAAACACCAUAGUCUGAGCCACGACUAAAACUACUUGAAUAUGAUUUACCCCCCUCACCCUCUUCUUCGUUCCCGUUUUGUUUUUCAUUCCUUGGCUCAGAAUUUUCGAUGACUGUCGACGGCGCUGGUUCUGGUUCCAGCCAGGUUUGUCCCUCUCUCUCUCUCUCAUUCUCUCUAGCCAUACGUGUGCAGGCAGGAAAAAUAUUCCAAAAAAUUAGAUAUCCUUUUUGUUCGUCCGGGGGGCACUUUUUAUUAAAAGCCAAGAAAUUUUUUUCUCGCUACUCCUUCCUAUUUUCUAAGACUCGCCCUCUUACAAAUCUUGGUUCUUGGAAUGGAAGCGGAUAGCAAAUUCUCCAGUUUUGAUGGAUUCUGAUUCCGACCUUGAAUCAAGACUAGGAAAUGAUUGGAAUUGUUGGAGGCAAGCCCCGUCUUUUAAGUAGGAUCCGUGAAUUCGGUUGCCAAUAUGCGUGGAAUUAUUAAUGUACUCCUCACCGCAUAUAUUAUAUUUUUUGGCGCCGUCGUCGUCGCGCCGCUAUUGUCCGCAUGUUCGCUCUCUCGCAUCUCCACACUCCCCACCCUUUUUUGUACUUAUUCGGUGGGAUCUAAGACGGCUCGUUAGGAGCAGAAGAGUUAUGCAUACAAAAUGAUACUGACAGCACUUUUCCUUGUCACACUCCACGACGUAUCAGAAAUGUCCGUGAGUGUCAGUCAGUUAUAUUGUAGAAUUCUGAUUUCUCAUGGAUUUUCGUGUUUUCAGAGAUAUAAUAUCUGACGGCUCUUCUUUUUUAUUUAUGAUAGACAGCUAGCAGACGUCUAUGAUUGAGGCUCUUGUCACAAUUUUUCCAAAAGUUUUGUGCGUGUUUUUUUUUCAAAGAAAAGAAUUAGAGCUAAAAGAUGAUAGGAGGGGGGGGGGGUGUUGUAGAAGAUUUGUCGUAGAGAGUUUGUGCUUCGCCAACAGACGUGUCAAAGUACUGAGGACGUGUGUCGACGAGUAGAAGGGGGAUCGUAUUGCAAUGAUGAGAGAAGAAAAUGAGAAAAUGAGAGUGUGUGAAACGUUCUAACGCACUUCACUUCUUAGCCUACUUGUCACAUUUUGCGUGUCCUGGCUUUUCCUAAGGCUCAAGGCUCGAUAUGUACAGAAAUCAUUCAGAUUUCGUCCAGGUCAGUUGAAAGAGGAAGAGAGAGAGAGAGAGAGAGAGAAAACGCGUUUUGAUUCAUUCCCACAAAGUACCUCCUGGGAAAACGCCUCUGUCUGAGCAUUGUUGUUGCCUUUAAGUACUUGCUGAUAAUAAUUUUAUAUAUUUCUUGUUUUCGAUUAAUCAAGUUAAAUCUGUUUUAAUACUUAAUAUCUUGAUGAGAAAUUUCCGGUGAACGGCCCGGAACCCUGAAAUUUUAAGAGGAAAUGGGCUGAUAUAAAACGUCUAGUCGCGAGCACUCCGCACAACUUCCAAUUCUGUCUCACUGAAUUUAUUCGACCGUGCUAAAAUCAAUCAUUUUUGGUAGAAAAAGAGAGAAGCGAAGAUUCUCUGCACAACGGACGUACUUUAAUCAUUCGUCGCUAACCAAAAAGGAGUUGUUUGGUCGAUUACUAUUAUGUAUUUUUCUAAUAUUGUAUCCAUACCCACGUGUCUAGCAGACAACUCCAAAUUCAAGGUGGGAGUGACCUUUUCGAAAUUGGUUGGACCUACUCUAAAAUGAUGUCAUGUCAAAUCUGGUUAAUAAUUUAUUUGUUUAGAAAAAAUUCGGAAUGAAGUGUAGAGAUUUUUUGUGGGGGGAAGAGGAAAUGCUUAUUCCCUGUUCCCAACCAAUUUCCGGUCUAACAAGCGCUAACACAAUGCAUGGGAUAGACUUUGGGAUGUUCCUCUUCUUCUCAUUUUCUGAAAAAACUUUUCAGUUUUUGAUCUCGCCGGAAUCAGUUAGUGUUUCUACCCAUCUCACCAGUAAAAGUUGCACGUAGCAGGAGCAACAAAAAAUCAUGAAAAUUUGACUCGAGUUCCUUUUCCGCAUCCAAAAAUAGUCGGUAAAUUAGUAGAGAACCCCCCUCACGCGUUUCCUAACCCUCACUCCUCUUUGGAUUUAGACUAAGACUAAGUAAAAAGGAAAGUAAAAGCAUUAAAAUUAAAGGGACCUUCCUUCCCCUUCCAUCUUUUUCGGUAACUCAAAGCUUCCUCUUUUUCUAUCUAUUUAUUCCUUUUGGGCUUAAAAAUGAUAUAUGAAAAGCUAUCCAUUUGAAGUGCCUUUUGGCUUAGGUCUGUAAUGGAAUAGAGAAAAAAUAAAGCCACUACCACAUCACCCCCUCCCGCUCCAAACCAAGUCCGGCCCACACAUUUUCGUUCAAGCUCAACUUGUUUCAUUCAUUCAGGAAAUGGUGUUACGAGCCAUCGACUCAAUUCGUGAUAGUGUUAUGAACGCGUCGGCGGCCGUGAGCACAACCACAGUGCCAAUCUUGGAAGCGCCCAUGACCUCCAUGAAACCACCGUCGAUCAUUCCCACAGUGGAAUUGGUUUUAGGAACAAUCACUUAUCUGGUGAGUCAUAUUUUUUUGACGUCAUUUCUGGCGUUCGAACCAAUUGUGCCAAAAAAGUUGUGCUGUUUUGGAGAAAAACUCGAAAGCAAUAGCAAAGCAUCCGCUAAAACCUAAUUUUUGCAGGUCAUCAUCGCAAUGACGGUCGUUGGAAACACGCUCGUCGUGGUUGCUGUGUUCAGUUAUCGGCCGCUGAAAAAAGUGCAGAACUAUUUUCUCGUCUCCCUAGCUGCUUCCGAUCUGGCCGUCGCGAUAUUUGUUAUGCCACUACAUGUUGUGACUUUUUUAGCUGGUUAGUUGAUUCUUUGUCUUUCUCUCUCUCUCUCUCUCUCUCUCUCUCUCUAUCUUUCUCUCUCUCUUUCUUUCUUGCUACGAGAAAGACAAAUUUUUGGCGGAAAAAGCUAUCUAACAGCCGGAAUCCAGUUGUCUGAUCUGUUUCUUCAAAUGACGCGGAGAAUGUGCGGCGAAUAAAAGGAACUUGUGAUUGCGUGAGCACUUUUGGACAAUCGUGCGCUUAAGUACUGCGGAUGGGGUGGCCCCAAGGAUUAGGGACAUCAGAAUGACCAACAUUGGAGGGGGCAGCUAGUUUAGCACAGGAUUUUUCGCAACCAGGAUUUCUGAUAAGCGUUUUUACGCCGUCGGAUUGCAAGAGUGGAGUGUCUCAAUAAAUUUUUAGGAAACCGAUAGCAACGAGUCAGUAGAACAAAUUCAAUUCUUCGUCAAAAUUUUGCAGUUACAACUAUAUCAAAACGUUUCAGGAGGAAAAUGGUUACUUGGAGUGACGGUCUGUCAAUUUUUCACGACAGCUGAUAUCCUCCUUUGCACAUCUUCCAUUCUGAAUCUUUGUGCGAUUGCAAUUGACAGGUACUUCCUCAAUCUAACCAAAAAUUGAUGAAAUAUGUAUUUUUUUGCAGAUAUUGGGCUAUCCACAAUCCAAUCAAUUAUGCACAAAAACGCACGACCAAAUUCGUUUGCAUGGUUAUUGCCAUUGUAUGUUUUGUUUUUUGGUGGAGGAUCUCUUCCUUUUCCCCUCCUCUGUGUACUCGUUUGAGUCAUUCCUCACUAGAUAGAGAUAAUUACCUUCAUUUGUUAUGGAAAUGUAGUGGAGGGGGAAAAGAGAAAAUCGUCGUAGAAAUGAAGGCAAUUUCUGCCUUCUUCUCCUUCUUCUUCUCCUUCUUCGUCAUUGAUGAGAAGAGACAACAUUGAUGAUGCAGAUGCUCUUCUGAGAAUGAAAAGGGGAUCUUGUGAUUUUUGCAGGUCUGGGUGCUCUCCAUGCUUAUUUCGGUGCCACCGAUCAUCGGAUGGAAUAACUGGCAGGAGAACAUGAUGGAAGACAGUUGUGGUCUUUCCACGGAAAAGUAUUUGAACCCCGCCCCGAACCCAAGCUCCUUUCAACAAAACUUUCAGAGCUUUCGUGGUGUUUUCUGCGGCCGGCUCGUUCUUCCUGCCCCUUCUAGUCAUGGUCGUUGUUUAUGUGAAGAUAUUCAUUAGCGCUCGACAACGAAUUCGCACAAAUCGAGGUUUGUGUGUGAGAAAGAAACUUUUGGAAACAAAGAGAGUGGGAAAAGGGAAAGCUUAAUCCGGUUUACACUGCAACCACCAAAUUUUGCUCCAGCUGCUAAUGCUGGUCGUGGUAGCAGCCCGAUUCUCACUGAACAAAGUACAUUAAAUAACCGAAAACCGGAAAGAACAAGGGAAAAAAAGAGACAAAACGAAUAACUGAUGGAAUGAAAGAUGAACUUAAUACCAACUAUUGAAGAUGAUUGGUCACAAAUCAGAAAUGACUCACAAGCUCAAAAAGUUGGAAAUAGAGGGGCCUAAAGAGAGUAGAAGUUAUGGAUCUUGUAAAAGGUUUCAGUUUGGAAGCCCAACGAAACUUCUGGGACUCUAUACUCUCUUUCCGGUUUUUGAACGUUGAAUGAACAUUAUUCAAGGAACAGUCAUUAAUAAUGCAGCAGUCGAGAUGUUUUAGUAGAGAUCGUUCUAUUUACCUUCAAGCUUUCAGGACGAAGUGCUCUGAUGCGAAUCCAAAAUGCCGAGGGAGACGACGACUACCGCAAAAUGUCAAUGAAACGAGCAUCCGUGGAAUCAGCACGAACAUCAAGCCGGGUAGGAGAGAAAACUCCGUUGGUGGUCGCUGACGGACAUACGACUGUAACUACUCUUGCCACGCAAUCUGUUAGUGAACCGACCGGAACGGUAUUUUUGUGCAAGCGCAUCCGUGUCGCAUUAGCCUCAGUUCUACAUGUCACCGAAUGAUCAACUAGACAAUGCGUAUUCUGCACGUUAGAAAGCUUGAUGAGCAUACUCGUAAUUGUAAUCAUCACCGAUACCACUAACACUAACACUACAGUCAAUGUUCGUUUACAUCACGCUGAUUAUCUAGAAUAUGUAUAUAUUGUGAAUUUUUGUGUUUAGACCGAUGGAGGCAGUCUUCCAAGAGAUGAGACCACAAAGCAUAUGAAGUAUCACAACAACGGCUCCUGCAAAGUGAAAGUGAAGGAUGUUGCUAAAGAAGAUGAUGAAGUAGGAAUGGGUCACCCCUUGUUAGAGCUCCUUAGAUAAUGCACCGGGCUUAGCAUAACUAAAAAUAACUAAAAAAGAAAUAGCUACCAUCAAAAGACGUUUUUUCAGAACCCCACAGCAGUCCUUCGAAAGCGAGAAAAGAUCAGUGUGGCUAAAGAAAAACGAGCAGCAAAGACCAUUGCCGUCAUCAUCUUUGUGUUCUCCUUCUGCUGGCUGCCUUUUUUUUGCGCAUACGUCAUUCGGCCUUUCUGUGAAACUUGCAAGCUUCACGCAAAGGUAAGGUUCACGGCCGCGAAAAUGUCAAGGUGUAAUUCGAUCAAUCUUCAGGUCGAACAAGCUUUCACGUGGUUGGGGUACAUCAACUCGUCACUCAACCCCUUUCUCUACGGCAUUUUGAAUCUGGAAUUCCGUAGAGCGUUCAAGAAGAUUCUCUGCCCGAAAGCGGUUUUAGAGCAGAGGAGACGACGAAUGAGUGCUCAACCAUAG